AUGGAUGAAGAAGUCACAUUACAAGCUGAACCAAGUCAAAGCUUGGAUACACAAACUCAAAUAGUUGAAGAUACCACUCUGCAAGAUGAAGGCAUAGGUGAAAGUUCUCAUUUCUUUGAUCACACACCAAAGAAAUGGAGAAGUGUAAGUGAAAUCAUGGCUAAGUGUAAUGUGUGUAUUGUGGAACCUGAAAAUUAUGAAGAUGCAGCUCAAGAUGAGUCAUGGAGAAAGGCAAUGGAAGCUGAACUGGAAAUGAUAGAAAAAAAUGACACUUGGAAACUUGUCGAGAGACCAUUUGCUAAACCUGUGAUUGGUGUUAAGUGGGUCUACAAGACUAAACUGAAUCUGGAUGGUACUGUGCAGAAAAACAAGGCUCGUUUAGUGGCUAAAGGCUACUCACAAAAGCCCGGUAUUGAUUACAAUGAGACUUUUGCCCCUGUGGCAAGGCUAGACACCAUUAGGACUUUGAUUGCUCUUGCUGCACAUAAGGAAUGGAGCUUGUAUCAACUAGAUGUGAAAUCUGCAUUUCUUAAUGGAGUUUUAAAAGAGGAAGUAUAUGUGGAGCAACCACAAGGAUUUGUAAAGAAGGAUGAGGAAACAAAGGUAUACAAGUUACACAAAGCUUUGUAUGGUUUGAAGCAAGCACCAAGAGCUUGGUAUGACGAGAUUGAUGCCUAUUUCAACAAGGCCGGUUUCAAGAAAAGUCCAAGUGAGGCAACUUUAUAUGUUAAGGCAGAAGGUUCAGAUGUUCUUAUUGUUUCUCUAUAUGUUGAUGACAUAGUGUACACGGGUAGCAGCUCUCAAAUGAUUGAAGAAUUUAGGAGAGAUAUGAUGGAACACUAUGAGAUGACAGAUUUGGGAGUAUUACACCAUUUUCUUGGAAUGGGGGUGAUUCAGUCUAAACAAAGGAUUUUCUUGCAUCAGAAGAAGUAUGGACAGAAGCUGGUUGAAAAAUUUGGUUUGAAAGAUUGCAAAAUAGUGGCUACACCACUUGCAAUGAAUGAGAAGUUAAGUAAGAAUGAUGGAAGUGAGGCUGCAGAUGAAGGAGAAUAUAGACAGAUUGUGGGCAGUUUGCUCUACUUGACUGCAACUAGGCCUGACAUAAUGUUCGCAGCUAGCCUCUUGGCAAGAUUCAUGCACAAUCCCACCAAGAAACACAUGGGAACUGCUAAAAGGGUAUUGAGAUACAUUCAAGGAACAAUAGACUUUGGAAUUGUAUUUGAGAAAGGAAAAGAAACUACUCUUAUUGGCUAUUGUGAUAGUGAUUGGGCAGGAAGUGAAGAUGACAUGAGGAGUACCUCAGGGUAUGUUUUUACUAUGGGAUCGGGAGUGUUUUCGUGGGCUUCAAUUAAGCAAAAUACUGUUGCUUUGUCUACAGCAGAGGCAGAAUAUAUAAGUGCUGCAGAGGCUACUUCUCAAGCAAAGUGGCUGAGAUUUGUACUUGAAGAUUUUGGAGAAGAACAGAUUGAAGGAACACAGAUAAUGUGUGAUAACACAUCAGCAAUUGCUAUGGCAAAGAACCCUGUUUUCCACCAGAAGUCAAGGCACAUUAACAGAAAGUUUCAUUUCAUUCGAGAAGCAAUUCAAGCCAAGGAGAUAGAACUUGUCUACUGCAGAACUGAGGAGCAAAUUGCAGAUAUUCUGACUAAAGCUUUGCCUAAGGACAGGUUUGCAUACUUAAGGGAAUUACUUGGUGUUAAGUCGGCUAAAGGAUUAGAAGGGAAUGUUGGUGUGUAA